UCAAAUAAUAAAAAGUAGUCUCACCUGAUGAACAAUGCUUCAUCUGGGGGGGAUCCAACCCUGCAUUGACCAUUGAAUUCUUAACCCAAACCACCCCAAAUUUUAAAACUCACUCAAUCAACACCGUCCACGGUUAUGCCGUCCUUUUUUUUAAUUUUCUCAAUUUUCGCCUCCCUCUUUGAUUAAAAUAACUGUUGACAUGCAUUGCCACUGCAUUAUAAAGCCCCCCUCAACACCUCACCACCUCUGCACCAUCAGCUCCAAUACUCCUUUCAUACCAAACACUUCCACAACCUUAAUUUCCUAGUUUCUCAACACAACCAUCCCUCUCUUUUCGAAAAUGGUGGUUCCAGUCAUCGACUUCUCCAAGCUUGACGGCGAUGAGAGAGCUCAAACUCUCGCCCGGCUUGCAAAUGGAUGCGAAGAAUGGGGAUUCUUUCAGCUUGUGAACCACGGCAUCCCUGAUGAGCUUCUCGAGCGCGUCAAGAAAGUCUGCGCUGAUUGCUACAAGACGGAGAGGGAGGCACAGUUCAAGGACUCCAAGCCUGUUCAGUUGCUGACUGAACUUCUGGACAGCAGCGACACUGAGAAGAAGCUGGAUGAUCUCGACUGGGAGGAUGUUUUCACCCUGCAGGAUGACAACCAGUGGCCAUCAAACCCACCAGAAUUCAAGGAAACGAUGAAGGAGUACAGGCAGGAACUCAAGAAGCUGGCCGAGAAGAUAAUGGAGGUCAUGGAUGAGAAUCUUGGCCUCGACAAAGGUUAUAUCAAACGAGCAUUUACUGGCAAUGAUCACCCCUUUUUCGGUACAAAGGUGAGCCACUACCCUCCAUGCCCACACCCAGACAGGGUGCCAGGACUCCGGGCCCACACUGAUGCCGGAGGCGUCAUCCUUCUCUUCCAGGACGAUGAGGUCGGUGGCCUACAAUGCCUCAAAGACAAUGAAUGGAUCGAUGUUCAACCUAUUGCUAAUGCAAUUGUCAUAAACACUGGAGACCAAAUCGAAGUUCUGAGCAAUGGAAAGUACAAGAGUGCAUGGCACCGUGUGCUAGCCAAGCCUGAUGGCAACCGCCGCUCCAUUGCAUCAUUUUACAACCCAUCGCUAACCGCAACCAUCGCUCCAGCUUCGCAGACGGCUGAGUACCCAAAAUAUGUGUUUGGCGACUACAUGUCAGUAUACAUCAAGCAGAAGUUUGAGGAAAAGGAGCCUAGGUUCCAGGCUGUAGCUGCUAUAUAAAAGGACUACUUAUAUUUAUUUGUGUUGUGCUACCAGGAGCAUGUUUGCUUCUCUCCACAUAUAGAAGAGUGGGAGGGGUUAGUAUUUCUAAGACUUGUUUGUUUUUUUGCAUUUGGGGGAAGCAUCCAUACUUAUGUUUGAGAUGUAGCUUGAAGAAGCGUGUUGUGUCUGAGUUGGUACUAGUACUACUUGGUUUGUGAAUGAAAUGAUGAUUAAUUCUUAAGGAAUAGCAAGCAAAGCCAUUCCUUAAUG